AGGUUGCUGCUGAUGAGAGGACUGGCGUUGCUUUGUGCAUGUUCACUCAGUAUUGGCAGCCACUACGGGAGGAAUCUUCUUGGACCUUUGAAGUCUCGACUUCAUCGCGAGAUGGGCACGAACAACACGGAAUUUAGCUUGCUGGUAUCAGCUUUGAGCCUCAAUUCCACAUGGACCCCCAUUCUGGGUGGCUUGCUCGCGUCUCGUUUAGGGGCAACAUACACGAGCAUCCUUGCAACAAGCAUUAUACUCUUGGGACAGGCCGUUCUCCUUAUCGGCAACUUGUCCGCCAGCGUCCGUAUGAUGGCAUUUGGGCUUUUUAUCUUUGGACUAGGAGUUAGCCCACUCGCGGUUGUGCAAGAGACCAUCAUCGUACGCUUUUUCCAUUCACACGGACUUGGGAUAUCCAUGGCACUUGGCCUUGUGGCAGGAAAGGCGGCAUCCUUCGUUGCUGCACGGACGUCUUACCCGCUGUCGCAGCACUACGGACCUCACGCCCCGUUCGUAGUAGCAACUACUCUUGCAGCUCUAUCUGUCGGCAUAAAUCUAUCAUACGUUGCUGCGUCAAGGUGGAUCAUCAAGGAAACAGACACUGAGAUGGAGGCUGCUGAAAUAUCCGAGGAUGCGCGCCGGUAUCGCUUAGCCCAGAACCUGUCCGAAGCAGAUGCUCUGGAUGCGGUGGCAAGGAAGAAGCGAGUUCACAUUCGGGAUAUAACCAAGCUGGGAGAUGUAUUCUGGGCAUAUAUUGCAAUCAACAUCCUAUGUGGGUCGAUUUGGGAGCCGUUCCAUCAUCUCGCGCCGAACAUCAUCCAACUGCGGUACGAUCUCAGUGAAUCUCAAGCAAGCGACGAAGCGUCCUGGUUGCUCGCUGGUAGCGUCGUUUUGUAUCCCAUCGUUGGUCUGGUGGUGGAUCGUUUCAGGGCUCGAGGAAUUGUCCUUCGGUUGUUGCUGUUGUCAUCCAUCCUCACAUUUCUCUGCUAUAUCUGGCUGGCCUUACCUCCGCAUGCAACGGGAACUGCCAUGCCUGCCAUCAUCUCCUUCUGUGUCGGCCAGGGAUUCGCACCCUUGCUUCUCGUCGUCAUUGUUCCGGAGCUCGUCGCGUCGAAGUUUGUCUCGACUACGCUUGGCGUACAUAAAUCUCUUGAACAAACAGGAUCUGUUACAUUUCAAACGCUUGCGGGACUAUCCCUGGAUACGGAUAAGCCGUCUUCAGGAGACAAAGGGAAUCCCACGGCUAUUCAACACCUCUUAAACACCUUUGCAUCCCUCAACGUCCUCCAGUUCUGUGGUAUCCUCGCCCUGCGAUACCUGGAUAGACACAGGAGAGCAGCAGCACUCGCAUCCGACCCGGCCUAUUUGGCCCCCGAAUCAGGUUCUACGGACAGAGAAAACGACCCCCGGAGAAGGGUCAAGGAGGCCAUGGAUGUCAAUGUCCUCCACGAUGCAUUUGAAGAUGACGAACACGAGCCGCUCCCGUCCACGUCCUUUCCCGAACAACGUCGGCCUCUUCUGCCACAGCGGCAUUCACAAGUGUCAGAGGACGAACGGCGUUUGCAGGACGAGGUAGAUGCUGGCCGUGACUUGAAGGGAGUGGCACUUUCGCAUGAGGAAGUACGGAGAGGCGAAUGUUUUGCCAUCUCUGGCACUUUACUCAUCGUGUUGACAUGGGUGCUUUUUAUGGUAACAGCAUGGUUGAAGCUACGAUCAAAGGCGGAUAGGGAAGGUCCACCUAGCUAAGCUAUAAUAGCAAUAUCAAAGAUGAGAUGUACGAUAGUGGAUAGGUUCAUGAUAAAUUGGCCAGAAAUAAUACGAUGAAGGAGCUCGCGUCGUAGUCCUGUUCGACUCUAGUCCACGAUGAAUUACAGCCGCGUUACUGUAACUCGCGGAUCAUACGAGCUUCUGCGUUGGAUCUAGUACUUUUCCAGGUUCUAUCUCUUGUCCGGUAUUCCAAGUGCCUAUGCAGAUGUUUGCAAUGGUAAUGAAUAACGUCAGGGUGGUCAGGCUGAACACUGUCCAUCCAAGUGCUUCAAUCGUGAGUGAUUGACGACAUGUUGAGAUGGCUUCCCGUCCUGGACAGAGUCCUCCCGUGCGGGUGACGGACAUAAGCCCGGAGGUAAUACCCCAUAAAACGGCGGUGAUUAACAACCAACAUAUAGAACUGGCAAUAUCGGCGAGGAUGCGCCGAGCACCGUCGAUGGCAGAUAAUAAAUAAACCGUGGCGAAGAGAACAGUCCAGCUGGAAGUGAAGCAUAUUGCAAUUAAAAGAGCAUGAUAGGGCUUGCCGACGAAGUGGUGCUCUUCAUUCCCAGCAGCAAUCCGGAAGACGGUGACUCCAAGCUCCGCCAGGGAUACAAGGCCCACCAGGAGGAACAGAAAGACGUGAGACUGGCCUCCUCCAACGACAGGCGCGACCAUGAUGUGAAGUUGGGUUCGAGUGCGCUCAGCCGUCAGCUAAGUAGGCCUCGCCGCGUUCCAUGGGCAUGUCGCCU